GGCGAGUCCGUAGCUCUUGGCGAGGACACCGCGGAGGGGGCACAUCCGCGCUCCCACUUCCUCCUGACGCAGCCUGUGAUUGGCUCGCAGCCGUAAGACAAACACGUGAAGCUGCAGCUGAGACUGGCAGAAACUUACCGGCGGUCUCCGGGUAGCAUCGCACUGUACGGCGAUCAGCUUAGGACAGCCUAGGACAGCCCAGCCUGGGGACAAUGAGGUCGUCGUGCGUCCUACUGGCUGCGCUGCUGGCGCUGGCCGCCUACUACGUGUACAUCCCACUGCCCGGCGCGGUGUCCGAUCCCUGGAAACUGAUGCUGCUGGACGCCACUUUCCGCGGCGCACAGCAAGUGAGUAACCUGAUACACUCCCUGGGGUUGAGCCACCACCUGAUCGCACUAAAUUUCAUCAUCGUCUCCUUUGGCAAGAAAAGCGCAAGCUCUUCUCCGAAGGUGAAGGUGACCGACACUGACUUUGAUGGGGUGGAAGUUCGAGUGUUUGAAGGCUCUCCAAAACCCAAUGAGCAACUGCUACGCAGCGUGGUCUAUAUCCACGGAGGAGGCUGGGCCUUGGCAAGUGCAAAGAUCAGCUACUAUGAUGAGCUGUGCACAUCAAUGGCCGAGGAGCUGAACGCCGUCAUUGUUUCCAUCGAAUAUAGGCUAGUUCCACAGGUCCACUUUCCAGAGCAAAUUUACGAUGUCAUCCGUGCCACAAGAUACUUCCUGCAGCCAGAAGUCUUAGAGAAGUACAAGGUAGACCCUGCAAGAGUCGCAGUUUCUGGAGACAGUGCUGGUGGGAAUUUGGCAGCUGCCCUUGGACAACAGUUUACUUACAUUGCCAGCCUAAAAAAUAAGCUCAAACUGCAGGCUUUAAUCUAUCCAGUCCUCCAAGCGUUGGAUUUCAACACACCUUCUUACCAGCAGAAUGUGAACACUCCAAUCCUGCCACGCCACGUCAUGGUGAAGUACUGGGUGGAUUACUUCAAAGGCAACUAUGACUUCGUACAGGCCAUGAUUGUGAACAAUCACACGGCCCUUGAUGUGGAAAGGGCUGCAGCCCUCAGGGCCCGUCUCAACUGGACAUCCCUGUUGCCCCCAUCCAUCAGAAAGAACUAUAAGCCUGUCAUACAGACCACAGGUGAUGCCAGGAUCACCCAGGAGAUCCCUCAACUGCUGGAUGCCACUUCUUCCCCGCUCAUCGCAGAUGAGGAAGUGCUUCAGGACCUCCCGAAAACCUACAUCCUCACCUGUGAGCAUGAUGUCCUGCGGGAUGAUGGGAUCAUGUAUGCCAAGCGCCUGGAGAGUGCAGGUGUGAACGUGACCUUGGACCACUUUGAGGAUGGCUUCCAUGGUUGUAUGAUUUUCACAAGCUGGCCAACCAACUUCUCUGUGGGAAUCCGGACUAGGAAUAGUUACAUCAAAUGGCUGGAUCAGAACCUGUGAUGGAGUACACACCUCAGAUGCUCGAAGCUCUUGACCUCCUCUGUUUGCUUUGGAAAGACCCGCACUUUUCAAUCAUUGGCACUUUUCCUUGCUUCUCAUGAGUACUGGAAUCUGUAUCUUGCAGACCUUAUAAUAAUCUACAUUUAAAGAGUGACUCACUGACAAGUUUAAGAACAUCUGGGCCAUUUUCUCUAUUCUUUAUUAUAGCCCGUGUGGUAUUAAUGGUCACAGUUUGAGGAGCUAGAAAUAGCCCUAGGUCCUGCCUCUAUUGUGUUCUUCUCUGGCUGUGGGUGAGGUAAUAACUUUUGAGGAGCUAAAAUUCAUGUGAGCUUUUCUUCAGUUCUUCAGGUUGAAGUGGGGUUCAGAGCAGGGUCAGGGACACUCUGAGGCCAGCACUGGGGACUACAUCUCCUCUCUGCCUCCGACAUGGUUGUGUUUCCUGUGGGAAUUUUGACAGGAUUUCUAGCAGGACAUGCUUCUUUUCAAAAGCUUUCCUUCUCCCAGAGGGUUAAUUUAUGAGAAGGAUGCUGUACAUUCAGUGGGAGUUAAGGGCGACUUGGAAAUUACUUUCUACUCCUAUUCUGAGAAGGCAAGAUACUGCAUGUACUGAAUAUUUCCCUGAGAAAAUCUUUUGGAAACAAACUUAUUUAAAUGUAGAGUAAGUUACCUAUUAUGAAAUAAGUCAAGAUAGAAAAGCAAAAUAGCCUAUUGUUACUUAGGCAUAGUCCUGGCAUAAAUUACUAAGAGUGGAAUGUAUACAUUUGUAAUAGUGAGAAAAUAAACCCAGCUUAAUAAGACCUUAAAAUUAUGAGAAAUACCUUUAGAAGGGCUAGUUCAUUUUUGGGAGAAGGGCUAGUCCAUUCUUGAAAACCCAACUUUUUCACUUGUAGCUGAAAACUAGACAAUUUUGGUAUAGUAUAUUGUUUAUUUUUUAAGUUAUUUAAUGUUAAUAUAUAUAGCUAAACAGGAUUUUUCUGAAAGAUAUCUAUUAUAAAAAAUUCAAAGAUAAAAGGUAUUUUAAAAUGAAAACUACCAUAGAGUUAUAUCCAUGUGAGUAGCUAGAUAAAUUAUAAUAGUAAGGAUCAAAUACUUUGAUAUUUAUAUGCAUAUGUAAAAUACAGUAAUUAAAAACAUUUUUACCUAGUGCAGACAUCCAGGUAAUGCUGGUUGGUCAUCCUAAUCCAAAAUUUGAACUAUCCCAAGACCCAGAUGGCACAAGUGGAAAAUUCCAGACCAUGGAAGCUUAUUUUGUGCAUAAAAUUAUUAAACCUGUUGUGUGAAGUUACCCUCAGGCUAUGUAGAUAAGGUGUAUAAAAAGCACAAAUGAAUGUCUUAAUUAGACGUGGGUCCCAUUCUCAAGAUAUUUUGUUAUAUAUAUGCAAGUAUCCCAAAGUCUAGAAAAAUUUAAACUCUGAAACACUCUUGUCCCAGGCUUUUCAGAUGAGGGAUACCUAACCUGUAAUUUAAAGACACAUAUGCUCAUCUCUGCCAGGAGAGCCCUCACGGGAAUCCCUGUGUGUGAAGGGCAGACGCCAGCACUGCCCACUCCCCCGAGUUUCUCUGUGUAGGCUAGACAUUCCAACUGCCCAGCCUUACCUUCAUAAAUGGUCUUCACUGCCAGUGUGGGCAUCUUGUGUAUAGGAAGGGAUUCCAGAUUUGAGAUGAACACCCUGCCCUCCUUCCUGCCAUCCCAACUUCUGCCCAUGAUGCAUGCUACAUUUAGGGACUGUCCAGAGGACACUCAACCGAGUCGUGAAGCAGUGCAUCAUGAAAGGGGAGCAGAGCCUUUCCAGUCCGUGAAGCAUGGGUGCCUCCUGUUCCCAGCAAAGAGGACAAGUGACUUUCACUCUGACUUUCAUUUAUCUUACUAGCAUCUUUAUAUGUAAAACAAAUGUAGCACUGUGUGUGUGUGUGUGUGUGUGCUGUGUGUGUAUGAAGAUAGUCUUACAGGUGACCUUGCUGAUUUGCUCAAGUCACUGUCACUGGCCUCCCUUUUGUCUGAAAUUUGAGAGCAGACUUGCCUGACCUUCUAAUAUCCGUCUUUUCUGUGGUAAUUUUUGAUAGGUUGUACUUCUGAAUACACCAACAUCUCUAAACACUGAUUUUACUUAUGAAUAGAUUUUUAAAAAUUGGCCACCUGGCAUCAGUACCUCCCCCACGGGACCAUCAUUGUUGAUGUUUAGGGUAUAAACUGAUGCCCAUCUUCAAAAAUCACAGGGCGUUUUUAAAACCUGAAAUUUCCGUUCUUAUUUGAGUGCAUCUUGUCAAGGUGCUGCGCACGGAACCCAGGGCCUUAAACACUUGGCAAGUGCUUUACCCUGAGCUACACCUGGAGUUUCAUUACUGUUCUACGCCAUUUAAAGGUGUGAAAUAUAUGUUAACUUUACCUCUAAGAAAGAGGAAAGUUAAUAUAUUCACAGAGUUCCUUAAAAUGGUAUUUUCUUCCCAAAUUAUGAGCCAAAUUCUGCAGAAAUCAUUCAGUGAAUGGCCACAUAUGUCUGAAGAGCUCUCAGGAUGAAAGGGGAAUGGAGGGGACAAAGGGACCACCCGCUGUAUCUGACAGAAUACUUGGGUUUUAUUCUUACAGGCAUGUUAUGCUUCAUAAUCUUUACAGUAUACGACAGCUUGGUUCCUUUUCCUGUUUUAUGGAAAGGUUGCACUUUGGAAUACUAAGGUCUUUGAAAUCAGAACAUUAACAAAUGAAGGAAAAUGUUGAGAUGCUGCAAAGUGUCAUGAAGUACGAUUCAUCUUGUGUUUUCACAUUUGUUUGUGAGGACUUGAAGACUUGCCUAAUGAUGGUGAAUGGAAUAUUGUGCACCACAUUUUAACCUUUGACUCUUUGCCAAUUUCCCACUGCACAGGGAAAGGCCGAUUUUAUGAAGAGUUUUAGGAACAAGUGUAUUUUAUGGACUGAAAACCCAGUAUGGCACUGGGAAAGUUUGUGUUUGCAUCUUGUUUGGAAUUAAAACAGGUCCAUCUGGAA